UGGGGCGCUGCGCUAUGUUUUCUCGAGUGUCGCACGUAGUACGAUUGUUUAUCCGCCAUUUUGUUCUGCUGUCGUAUGUACGCGUAGUUUUCGCUAGCAUAGCAGUCUAUAAGAUGAAUAUAAGUUACUGAAGCGAAUUAGAUUUUGCACCGUUAUCGUUUUAUUAAUCUUCCGUACGUUUAUGAAAGUAUCAUCGCUCGAAGAAUGUAAGAACGCAAUCACUAUCUGGAUGUAUCAUGAUGGCAACCCGUGACAAGUUGUAUCUGACCCAACUUUCCUGACUUUUGAGGCCAAAUGACGAUUACUAAAUAAAACGGACGAUUUUCGCCUCGUUCGUCACAAUGUCGGGGCAGAGUGGUGGACAUCGAAUGUGUUUGGCUAAACUUAAUGAACAACUGAUAUGCAAAUUAUGUGGUGGAUAUUUUAUUGAUGCGACUACCAUCAUAGAAUGUUUACACUCAUUUUGCAAAAGUUGUAUUGUUAAAUAUCUGGAGAAUAAUAAGUAUUGUCCGAUCUGCGAUGUACAGAUUCACAAAAGUAGGCCACUACUAAAUAUACGUCCUGACCGUAUGUUGCAGGACAUUGUUUAUAAACUGGUACCUGGAUGUUAUCAAAAUGAGAUGCGAUGUCGGAGAGAAUUUUACGCAAAACAUCCAGAAUGUAGUCAAGCGAUAUCUCCGGAAGCUCGUGGAGAACCUGUAGAAUCAUAUAUAUACUCCCCGGAUGAAUCUUUGAGCUUGUCCUUGGAAUACUAUAAUCCUCAUACGAAAGAUUUAAAUGAAACGAAUACCGAGACGCCUCUUUUAAGGCGAUAUUUCCGGUGUCCUGCAGCAGUUACAGUAUUUCAUUUACAAAAAUUAAUACGAGCCAAAUAUGACCUCGGUGAUGCAAAUAAAAUCGAUAUACUGUAUGGAGAAAAACCAUUACACAGUAGUUACACAUUAAUGGAUGUGAUGUAUAUCCAUCAUUGGAAGCGGAAAGUACCAUUACAUUUAAGCUAUAGGAUAUUUGAGACAUCUUCAAAACGUCUGAAAUUAUCGGAAGAUAAUGCAAACUAUAAAAAAUCAUUAAUGGACGCCGGCAUUGAUUCCAUAGAGAUAAAGGAUGAGAAAUCAUUGAAACGUGAAUGGAAGGAGGUGCAGUUAAAAAUAUCAGAAACAGGUGUGAUGAGUAUAACGGAUAUAUCAAAUACGGUACAUAAAAGAGAUUCGGGAAUCGAGAAUUUACGAGAUGAGAAAACUUCAGAAGAGACUAUAACCACCAUUGCAGAAAGUAAUAAAUCGAAUUCGAUGAUAGAAAAAUGUGAUAAAUCUUCUGUAGAAAUAAUUCAAUCUACUUUGAUCAUCGACACGCAAAUGGUGAAAAAUCCAAUAUUUUCCGAAUCGAGUAACGCAUUGCUUGUUACGAAUGACGUUAAGUUUACAAAUGAGAAUUCAUCGACUAAGAAUUGUAUGUUGCUAAGUAAUCAACACAAUGGAACUACAAGGCAGGCAAAUGAAAUAAAAAAUUGUACUGCCACUACAAAAUUACAACAGGAUGCACAAGAAGUAAAAGUCCAUACUCAAAUUACUAAUGUCGAAGACAAAUCUGAGACAGUUUCACAAGGGCAAAAAGGUAUUGGUCACUCGGCGACGCAAGGUAUAGAAGAGAGUACAAUUAUUGAAAAUACGGAAAAGAUGAACUCACAUGUGAAAAAGAUAUCGAUGAAUAAUAACAAUAGUACGGAUUUCCAGACUGAAGCUCAGAAGGAGUGCAUAAAAAAUUCAAAUGAAAUAAAAAUGGGAAGUGCUGGAUCAAAAAUUGAUGCAUUGAGCGUAAAAUUACAGUUUCAACCAAAAAUGGGUCAAGUUAGCAAUACUUAUUCUAAGAAAACACCGAGGGAGAAACGAGCGACUCUUCAGCAGAAUACAAAAAAGUCUGAGGUAAAAUCGUCGACCGAGGAUACAAAAUUUCUUGACACGAAGGUACCGAUAAAUUGUGGGAACGUAACGGAUAAAGUAUCAGUUUCACCUUCUUCGCAAAAAUCGGCUAUGUCUACGAUGGCUUCACCUAAAAAUAUUUCGGACUUUUCGUCUGGAUCUGAUAAACAAAAAGCUAUUCACGAAAGGGAUAAUCAAAGUAUAAGUAUUGAUUUGCAACAGGCUUUGAAUUUGCUGGAACAGAAAAACUCGCCCAUACAGAUAUCGACGGAAUCUGUGCCGAGUCAUGGUAUAGUCAAUCAAAAAUUACAGAACAACAAUGUAACUGCGAUGAACGAGGCUGCUAUAUCCACUAUACCGAACGUUUCCACAUCCACGAGUCAGACAUCAACGUUUCCUUAUACGCUUCAUGACAUUAUAACUAAUUCAGCCGUCCUAAAAUCUACACUAAAAAAUUCAAGUAGCAUACCUCAGAAACCGUUAGAAGCGUCACCCGUCGUUUGUUCAACAUCUAACAGUCAAAUGUCUCAAUUCAACAUACAAACGUCGCCCAUAAAUGUGUACGCUAUAUCCACGUCACUGAAAAAUAAUAACUACAAUAACGUGAGUCAAGAUUUAACUACUGUAACGGCUACGUCAACAGCGACUAUUACAACGUCGGCGAUGUCGAAACCAAUGUCGUCCAGUGCGUGUCCGAUACCUCCGUGUCCGGACGCGAUCCCUAUAUCCUUAAUGAAGCAAUUGUCCAUGCGCAAGGACAUGACCGCAAAAGGCACCAAUCUGAAUGAAAUUUGCGCGAAGAUUGGCUCCAACACGAUCGGCUCGAAGAUCAAUGAUAUCUGUGCGAAGAUAGGAGAGAAUUCGAAGGAGAAGAAUCGGAUGGACGCGCAUGGCAAAUCAGACGUGCCGGAUCUACUUAGAAUAAGCGCGAAGAAGAUUUCUUCGUCGUUAUCCAAUUCAGAUGCAGCAGUUAAGCACAUACCGAAUAUCCCAAAUGUACCGGUGUACACUCCGAGCGGUAAUGUGACGACAGUGGAGAAUAAAAGCGCCAAACCUGUACUGUCCACGUCGACGUCCGUUAGUGUGAUGGCGGUAUCAACAUCGUCGACACCGACGUCGUCCCAAAGAUUGGCGCCUCUUAAAAAGCAGAGUCAAUCGAUCGGGUACAAGACGUUACGCGAUCCGCCCAAGUCUUGGAAUCCCACACUAUCAAAGAAUAAUUACGUAGCGGCAAAGAAUCAGGCGAAGGAAAUGCAGAAUCAAACGCAGACUCAGACCUCUAUGUCCGAAGGUACAAACAAGCAGAUCCCAUCUAAACCUGCUAAAAUCUUUAAGAUGCGAAAUAUGCCACGAUACCUAGGUAACCCGGCGUCAGGCGUGAAGCCCAUGUACGGGGUGACGAACGAUACGAAGGAGAAAGAGCAGUCGACCAACACAAAAAGCGCUACUCUUAAUAUGAUGAAGAUCGAUCCCAAGACCCUCUCGCCCAUCGUCUCAACAAUUAAUUCACCGAUCAUCUCGCCACCGCCUUAUUCGCCGAAUGCCCGAAGUUAUCAGAAUACGCCGUUUUCACGUGACAUAUGCCGCAAUACCGGAUCCCCUAUAUCGCCGAGGAAUUCUCCAGUAAAUAUGCUAUCGACCAAUCCGUUCAUACCGUCUCCAACGCCGAAUACGAAUCCACGAAUCAUAUACUCUCAUUUUCCUCAUCCAUUUCCGGACGCUAGCCGGUUCCCGAAUCCUCUGAUACGAUCACCUAUCGGCAUUCCACCUCCCAGUGCCUUCCACAGCAGUUUACCGCCCUCGAUUAACAAGUUAUACCAGAGGUCGAGUUACAUACCGCAAACCACUGGCUAUGCGCCGGUGGUCGGUCAGCCACCGACGGUACAGAGAAUACCACCCAGCACGCACUCGUCUUCACCAAAGUCGCCCAAGGCCUCGUCGCCCAGCUCGAUCUCGUCCACGUCGUUCAGUCUCGGAAAGGCGGAAUCGCAGUCACCGAUCACGUCAACGGUAGACAGCGUUGCAUUGCUUUUCUCAAAGAGUGUGGCGACCGUGCCAGUGUCGGUACCGGUACCCGUAUCUGUGUCACUGCAACGAGAGCUCAAUGCAUUCAAUCUUUCCAAGACCGGUGGUCUAUCGCCAGGUCCGGCCUCCAACAUCAAUGUCAAAACGUCCACGACGGAUACGGGCGACACUGACGUCGAAGCGCAGCUCACUAAACCGAACUCCUCUUCGAUGUCACUUAAUUUAGGGGAGAAUUUGAACGCUCCAAAUGGUGUCAAUGAGAGGAAACAGGGCAAGGAAACAGAAGCACAAAAGGUACAGGAGACCAUGCGAUGUAAAGAAGAUAAUUCAAAGGCGAAAUCUACGGAGACAAAAUGCAGUGUUGAGAUUGAUAAUGCCACGAAUCCGCACGACAAAAAAGAGAAAAAUCAAGCGGCUAAGAUCAACGGCGACGUCACGGCAGAGCAAUUUGCAAGUAAAAAAUCUAAGGAAGAUAAUGAUAGUGGCGAACCGGUAGAGAAAACCGAACGAGAUUGCCAGGUAGAACGGUCCAAAGAUCGGAAUAGUAGUCCGAAGAAUAACACUCAAGCUGAUAUCAGUGAUUCGCCGGCGAAUAAUUCCAAGAGCGAAGAUUUCGGCAAGAGCGGUGAGCAGAUACAGGGUAAUAAAUCUGAAGUACAAAAAAGUAAAGCGGAAACGUGAUCGUGAGAUAAAAAGAUUAAUCAUCUUUAGAUGCGACUCGCAAAAGUCUUGCUACAUAUAUUAGUUGCAUUUAAUUUGACAUAAUGUGACUUAAGUGUGAGGUGAAUCUUGAACAAGCUUAUAUAUGGCUCAUAUUCUGUUGUUUGCUGCUAGUAGUAACUCUAACGUUUCCAUCUACACGAUUGAGUAUAUGUAAAUAUCCAAAUAUGUACAUCGAACACACGCUACACACACACACACACACACACACACACACACACACACGCGCGCGCGCGCGC